CGUUGAUCAUUCGCGCAAUUGUAUUUUAGGAGAUACACGCAAAUAAUCCUUUAUAAAAACCAAACUGGAAUAUUCUGGAAAAGCUGAAAUGUUACAUUUUCUCGUAACCGGAGUGAGGAGGGCGUUGUUCCUCCGAUAAAUGAUCGGCACUCACGCUGCUUUACCCCCCACACCAUGUCAACAAGAGGUCGCCACUAACAUGGAUGGCAUGGACUUGAAAGCAGCCACGUCGACGAUGGACGCUUUGGUUCGCAUCAGUUCCAACAUGAAGAGCCUGGAGCACGAGUUGCACUGCCCCGUCUGCAAGGACAUCGUCAAGCAGCCCGUGGUGCUGCCUUGCCUUCACAGCGUGUGCCUCAUGUGUGCCUGCGAGGUGUUGGUGGCCAGCGGCUACCCGCCGCCGGAGCUCCCCGCCGAGCCCAACUCGCCCGCCUCCACGCCCAACACGCGCUCCCCGCGGCAGCUCCGCAGGCCCACGCCAAAAGCCGAGCAGCGGCCCAUCGACCGGGUACUGCGGGCAGGUCCCCACCCGCCGUCACCAUCCAUGCCCCGCUCUCCGGGAUACCUGGGGCGCCGCCGCAAAGAGGGCCCGCCGCCCCUGAUUAUGAUGUUCCCCUGCGUCCCCUGUGGACGGGACGUGGAGCUCGGGGAGAAAGGCCUCACCGACUGCCUGCGUAACCUCACCUUGGAGCGCAUAGUGGAGAGGUACCGACACACGGUGAGCCUGGGCAUUGUGGCCGUCAUGUGUCAGUUCUGCAAGCCCCCGCACGCCCUGGAGGCCACCAAGGGCUGCGCCGACUGCAGGGCCAACUUCUGUAAUGAGUGCUUCAAACUCUACCACCCGUGGGGGACGCCGCGGGCGCAGCACGAGCACAUCCUGCCCACGCUCAACUUCAGACCAAAGGUGCUGACGUGCACGGAGCACGACCAGGAGAAGCUACAGUUCUACUGUAGGACUUGUCAGCGGCUGCUUUGUCCGCUCUGCAAGCUGCGACGUGUGCACACGGGACACAAGAUCCUACCUGUGGCCCAGGCAUACCAAGCUCUAAAGGAGAAGAUUACAAAAGAGAUGAACUACAUUCUGUCCAACCAGGACACGGUUCUGUCUCAGAUUACACAGCUGGAGAGCGCCAUCACUCAGACGGAGGUGAACAGCGUGUCCGCCAGAGAGCAGCUGGCUCAGAGCAUCAGGGACCUGACGGCGGCUCUGGCCGAGCGCCACGCCUCGCUCACCCAGGCCCUGGAGGCGGCGCGCCAGAAGCGAGGCGAGGCGCUAGGCUCUCAAGUGACCGAGCGUCGCAGCUUGCUGGAGCACGCCGGGCUGGUGGCCUUCACGCAGGAGCUGCUGAAGGAAACAGACCAGCCCUGUUUUGUGCAGGCCGCACGCCAGACGCAUAACAGGUUCAACAAGGCUAUAGAAAACCUGCAGCACUUUGCUCUGGCUGCAGAUCCGUCUUUCAGGCACUUCCAGCUGGAUGUCUCCAAAGAGCUCAAAUUGCUCACAGAACUGAAUUUUACACGAGCUCCUCAGGCCCCAGUCCUAGACACCCAGCAUUCCUUGGCCUAUGACCAGCUCUACCUGAGCUGGCGCCUUCCGCCUUCCUCCGCGCCCGCCUGGCACUUUUCUGUGGAGUAUCGCCGCCGGGGGGUGGUACCCGGCGGCGCGUCCAGGGGCAGCAACAGAGGGGGGCUGGUGGCCGCCGCCCGCUGGGGCUGGCAGCGGCUGGACGAGGUGAGCGGCAUGAGCGCCGUCAUCGACCGGCUGGAGAUGGACAGCGUGUACGUGCUGCGGGUGAGGGGCUGCAACAAGGCGGGCUACGGCGAGUACAGUGAGGAGGUGUACCUGCACACCCCUCCAGCACCAGUGCUCAACUUCUACCUGGACUCCCGCUGGGGUCUCCACGCCGACCGCCUGGUGGUCAGCAAGGAGCAACGAGCGGCCCGCAGCAUCCCUGGUCUCUCCCUGUUGCAGGCGGCCGACCACGCGCUCACUACCUGUCACAUGACCGCCGACCUCUUGGUGGGAGACGUGGCCAUCACGCAGGGGAGACACUACUGGGCGUGCUCAGUGGAGCCCGGGUCUUACCUAGUGAAGGUUGGUGUUGGUUUGGAGUCCAAACUCCAGGAGUGGUUUCAUCUACCAGAGGACAUGGCUAGUCCCCGCUACGACCCAGACAGCGGCCAUGACAGCGGUGCAGAAGACGGCGUUGACUCCGCCCCGCCCUUCUGCUUCCUCACCAUGGGCAUGGGUAAGAUCUACCUACCCCAGCACACCAACCACCACCACCACAACAACGGACAUCGCUCCGACCCCAACGGCAACGCCCCGUCCGCCCCGGCGGGCCUCACCUACCCGCUGCCGCCCCGGCUAGGCGUGUGCCUGGACUUCGAGAAGGGCCGCGUCACCUUCUACGACGCCCACUCCCUGCGCCCCCUGUGGGAGGGCCACGUGGACUGCUCGGGCCCCGUGUGCCCCGCGUUCUGUUUCAUCGGCGGCGGGGCGCUGCAGCUCCAGGAGCUGGUGGCCAACCGCAGUGCGGAUCAGACGCCCGUGAGGAGGGUGACCAUCCAACCGCGCCUCGUCUCCAAUUUGAACAACAACUGAUUUGGAAUGUUAACAAUUUCUAGCAACAAAUAUGCAAUGUAAUUAAGUUUCUAUUUGCAAGAAGCGCCGCUUUAGUAGUGUUAGGUGUGCCCGACACUAUCUUUGAUGCUUGCACUUGUCGCCUGGCUGUCUUAUUUAUUUAUUUAUUUAGAACGCCAAUGUCCGUAUCGCACCACUCUCUCCAUCCCAUGUCCUUAAAUCAGGGGUGUCCAAAGUGCGGCCCGGGGCCAUUUGCGGCCCGCAGCUAAUUGUUUACCAACCCGCCACACAUUCUGCAAAAAUUGCAAAAUUGAUAGUAUUGCAAAAAUAAAAAAAAACAUUAAAAAAAAAGUGGAAUGAGGUGAAAUCUAACAAGAAAAAGUUGCAAUGUUGACACAGCUGCCAUGGAGGCUGUUUUUUUUUCUUUUGUCUUUUCUUUAUUUUUCUUUUUUUUUGCGAUUGCUCCAAAAAAAAAAAUAAAGACAAACAAAUCUAUGUUAUAAUUAAUUAUUGACCUAUUCAUGGCUCCAAUUAAUUCAAAAAUUUCACUUUAAAAUGUUUUAUGUGGAAAAAAUAUUGCAUAUUUUGUGUGGUUGCUAUAUAAAAACAUCAAAGUUUUCUUUGACAAAAGAGCAUAAAAACAAACAAAAUAAUAGUUCAUACGUAAAAUCGACAGAUAUAUCUGAAGUUGAUCUCGUAACUUAAGUGUUGAAAGUAAAAGAAAACCUAAUAAAAAUGUAUCACUUUAUGAGUGGGGGACCUUUUGGAUCCCAAACAUAUUUAGUGGGAUUUUAUUAAUAUUUUCACUGUGAUUACUCAAAACUAUUAAAGAAUUCAAAUUAAUGGUGUCCUGCAUUAUUGAUCUUUUAGAGCUCUAAUUACAAAAUACUGCAUAUUUCCAGUUUUGCUAUAAAAAACAAAGUUGUCUUUGACAGAAAAGGCAUUUUUUUUUUUUUCACUUUUUAUCAACCUGAAGUUGAUAUAGAGAUUUACUAUAAGCGUUAAAUAAAAAAUAAUAAUAAUCAUUUGACUUAUUUUUAGCGUUUUAAUGACUGAGAUCCUUUAUGGUCCCCGGGGGCCCUAUAGGAUAAAAAAAAAAAUCCAUAUAUAUCAAAAUGGCCCCCGCAUGCUUAAAUUUUUCCGUGUGCGGCCCUCAGUGGAAAAAGUUUGGACACCCCUGCCUUAAAUGUUCAAUUUAUGUGCUUUGUUUAAAAACGUGAGUAAAAGUGCAUCAGUAACAACCAAUCCUCCAAUCCUAUUGUUUAAAUGUGGUCUGUUAGGGGGAAGGAGAGGCAGUAGAGUGUAAUUAGAAGCUCCAAUUAUACCUCUGGAACGCAGCUAAUCGCUAGUUUCAAUGGCUGUGUUUGUGUUUUGUGAUUCUAAUACAUGUCCCUCCUCCGCACAUGAUUGUUUAAAACAUUGUCCAACAGCCGGUUUCUAAACACCCUUUAUUUGUUUAAAAAAAAAAAAAAAAAAAAAAAGUUUUAUUAUGAAGUAAACAAACACCAUUUUUGUUCUUGUGAAUAGAUUCAAACCACGCUAACUUUCACCUGCUGGCAGAAUGUUUUCAAAAGAAAUUGUAUUUAAAAAAAAAAAGUAAACAGAAUAGCUGAGAUAGGCUCCAGCGCCCCCCGCGACCCCAAAGGGAAUAAGCGGUAGAAAAUGGAUGGAAGGAAACAGAAUAGAUUGCAAAAAAAAAAAAAGGUUUUCGUUUGUCGUUAUUUCUUUUAUCCGCUAGAGGGCAGCAAAUCCAACAAGAUGCUGAUAAAACCAUAUAAAUAUUGAUUUUCUGAUUUAUUAAAUUAGCCAUUCCAAAGACUGGACUUAUUUCAUGGCUCUUUUACCCUCAUACAUGUUUAUUAAAUAUUAUAUAUAAAUUUGUAUACAUUUCUCCCCAAAAUCUCUUAUUUGUGUUUUUAGUGAAGUGAAGUGAAUUAUAUUUAUAUAGCGCUUUUUCUCUAGUGACUCAAAGCGCUUUACAUAGUGAAACCCAAUAUCUAAGUUACAUUUAAACCAGUGUGGGGGGCACUGGGAGCAGGUGGGUAAAGUGUCUUGCCCAAGGACACAACAGCAGGGACUAGGAUGGCGGAAGCGGGGAUCGAACCUUUAACCCUCAAGUUGCUGGCACGGCCACUCUACCAACCGAGCGAUACCGCUAUAUAUAUAUAUAUAUAUAUAUAUAUAUAUAUAUAUAUAUAUAUAUAUAUAUAUAUAUAUAUAUAAAAUGUAAUAUAAAUUUAGGAGAAUAAAUAAGAAUAAAGUGGAUUAAAAAGUAAUAUUAAAAUGGAAGAGAGGGGCAGAUAUUAAUGCAAAGAAAUAUUUAAAAAUAAAAAAUGAAUAUUAAAUUGAAUCAACAAAGUAAAUGUAAUAAAAUUAACAAAGUCAUGAAACUAAAGAGUACAAGCCAAACCCAAAAUAAGCUGAAAAUACCGACACAUCUAGUUUAUUUGAAUUUAAACAAAAUCCCAUUUAUUUCCACAGAAUAAAAAAAGUUGUAUUUAGGGCUGUCCAAAAUAACGAGUUAACUCAUGUGAUUAACCACAAACAAUAAUCCAAUUAACCAUGCACAUUAAUCACACAAUGUAUUUUGAGCGCACAUGCUCCAGCGGAUAGUUAAGACUUUAAAUAAAACUGCUACCAGCUUUGGAGCAAAUAAAUGACGCAUAUGACAUUCUGACAAUAACAAUAAUUCAUUAGUGUCAAAAUAUUGGGGUCUUUUUUUUUAGGUUUAAAUUUUGUAAGCAAGUAAAUUACGGUGAUUAAUCUCAUUUAAAACAAAUGAAAGUAGUUUUAAUGAAUAAUGAUUACUAAUUACUUAUUUUAUUGUUGUUAUUUCUAUUAAGGGAGAAUGUCAGUGUCGCCGAAGACAACACAGGAAACAAUUGAGAGUUUUUAGUGUCAAUGUCGCCCCCUGUUGGCUAUAUAUAAUAGUCGUUAUUCAACACUAUACUUCCUGUCCUUUCCUGAUGAACAACAACAACAGCAAAAAUAAUACAAUUAUAAUAAUAAUAAAUCACUUGUGGAAUCUCACAUAUGUGCCAAGUAAAGCAUGCUCAGCAGGGAAGUUUUUUUGGGGGGGGGGCCCAUCUGCUUUGAAUAAAGGUAUUACAAUACAUGUGUAGGUGUUUAGCAUUCCUUAUGUAAAUGUAAUGUAAAUGGACGGCCACAGUUUACACUCUUUAUGAGCUUCACCAUGAAAAAAAAAAUUAAAAAAAAAUCACAUUUGUCUUUAAUUAGGAGGUAGGGAAAAUGGAAAGAGUCGAGGUUUGGUAUUUUUCAAUGCAUAGGUGCACACAAGUAUUGGGACACAUUGCAGAGAGCACAACAGUGUCUCUGCAACAUAUGGAAGAAUAAAAGCAACACCCCCCCCCCACCUCCUCCCAGACGCUCGGCUUUAUCCGCACCUCCUUUCUUGCGUCCAAAUCUGCAACAGAUUGGGUUUAGUCUGACUGGAGGUAUGCAGCCACAACAGACACAUGUAGGGGUCUGCGUAAUCCUCGCUCCGAGUAUUAAGCACACAGCGUGGGCAUUCUUUUAAAGGAAUUACCCAUAUGUAAUCUCUGUGAUCAUCAUUUGGUACGGUUCGGGAAGCGGUGGGAGGACUGGGAGUGGUUGUUGUGGGGGCGGGGGGGAUCUGGAGAAGUCAGGAAUCUGCUAACCCAACUAAAGCACAUGUUGGCAACGACCAUAUAGACGUAGAAAACCCACAGAAAGAGGUGUAGCGAAUCCAAUGGGUAGCCACUGGAACAUAUGGAAUGUCCUCUGCAGUGGACAUUGGCUUUUCAUAACAAGGCUAUUUUUCUUCUCCGAAAUGUGCAACUCUGACCUUUGAAAUAGACCAAAAAUCGUCCACAGCUGCUCAGCAGGAUACACUUUAAAGUAGCUCUUAGGACGGGCUGUCAAUUGGAAGCAUACGAUAAUCGGGGAGAAGCUUUAAAACUCAUCACAUAAAAAAAUGAUGUAAUUUUUUUUUUUACUUUAUUAAUGAUUUGGAGUGCAUGAGAAAGUGGAAAGUGUAAAAUAGCUUUCUUUGACCUCAUGGUCACAAGUAUAUCAUCUUGGGAGGCUGUGUCCUCUGUAGUGGACAUUUAUGGUUUGCAUAGCAAGUAGGGAUGUCCGAUAAUAUCGGCCGAUAAAUGCUUUAAAAUGUAAUAUCAGAAAUGAUCAGGAUCGGUUUCAAAAUUAUCGGUAUCGGUUUCAAAAAGUAAAAUUAAUGACUUUUUAAAACGCCGCUGUGUACACGGACGUAGGGAGAAGUACAGAGCGCCAAUAAACCUUGAAGGCACUGCCUUUGCGUGCCGGCCCAAUCACUUAAUAUCUACAGCUUUUGACACACUCACAAGUGAAUGCAAUUCAUACUUGGUCAACAGCCUUACAGGUCACACUGAGGGUGGCCGUAUAAACAACUUUAACACUGUUACAAAUAUGCGCCACACUGUAAACCCACACCAAAUAAGAACGACAAACACAUUUGGGGAGAACAUCCGCACCGUAACACAACAUCAACACAACAGAACAAAUACCCAGAACCCCUUGCAGCACUAACUCUUCCGGGACGCUACAAUAUACACCCCCCGCUACCCCCUACAACAUUUAUUUCACAUUACUGUAGUAUUUUUUUACCAUUGUAUUUGAUAGGUCCAAUACAGUUUUAAUAAAAAAGUAAACACAUAAAAUAGAUAGAGAUGUCCGAUAAUGUCUUUUUUGCCGAUAUCCGAUAUUCCGAUAUUGUCCAACUCUUAAUUACCCAUUCCGAUAUCGAUAUAUGCAGUCGUGGAAUUAACACAUUAUUAUGCCUAAUUUUGUUGUGAUGCCCCGCUGGAUGCAUUAAACAAUGCAACAAGGUUUUCCAAAAUAAAUCAACUCAAGUUAUGGAAAAAAAUGCCAUCAUGGCACUGCCAUAUUUAUUAUUGAAGUCACAAAGUGCAUUAUUUUUUUUAACAUGCCUCAAAACAGCAGCUUGGAAUUUGGGACAUGCUCCUGAGAGAGCAUGAG